AUGAUCCCAACCUCCCUAAGGAAUGCAGAGUUUUCACCUUGGGAAUGGGAAAGGACUCUCCUUCUCCUUAUGCUUCUCCUUGGGCUUGGAGACUCGUCGGGAUAUUAUCCAUAUAAGUUCGAGGGUGCUCAAUUUCCGGCUUUCAUCACCGGAGCUCUUCAUUGGUUGAUCAACCACCCAGAGCUUCUUAUUCAGAAAACAAUCUUGGCGUUCAACUUGGAGAGUGAAGAAUUUAGACUCGUCCCACCUCCCAGAGGUUUUAGUGAUCUGAUACAAAUUCCAAAGCAUCUCCAAUUGGUAGAAUUGAGAGGAUUACUCUGCCUUUCAUAUGUUGAACAUUACAACAAAAUGAACAUAUGGAUGCUGAAAGACUACUACGAUAAUGAGAGUUGGGCAAAAGAGUACUGUAUUGAUCUGACUCCCUGGAUGGAUAUUCAUGGCUAUUACAAUGAUCAGUAUUAUGUUCCUAAGGACAUACAAGAUAAGGGGAAUAAGGUGCUUAUUGAGACGUUGAACGAUGGAUCGUUCUAUUUCGAAAAUCAAACCGCAAGUUUUAGUAAAUUUAUUUGUGAAGAGACAGGUUCUUACAUUAGAGGCAUUAGUUUCUACAGGGAGAGCCUGCGGUCACUAAGAUAUGUACUACAGGUACUGUACCUCUAG